AGUGAAUGAAGGAAAAAUAAACACUGCUAGUGUUACUUAAGUUUGGAUUCAUUUUAAUUUAUUGAAGUAUUUCCUGAUAUUUAAUAUGAAGUUAUUUAUAUUCAUUUUAUUAUUUGUACAUAUAGUUUUUGUAAAUUGUUUAAGAGAUCCUUAUAAGACUUUAGGUGUUGAAAAAAGUGCAAGUAUACCAGAUAUUAAAAGAGCUUAUAAAAGACUUGCGAGAGAAUGGCAUCCUGAUAAAAAUAAAGAGCCAGGAGCUGAAGAAAAGUUUAUUGAAAUAAACAAAGCUUAUGAGCUUUUGAUGGAUCCUGAAAGGAGGAGAAAAUUUGAUUAUCAUGGAGUUACUGAAGAUACUCCUAAUUUCAGACAGCAGCCUGAUUAUUCAGAUUUUAAAAGAUUUGAUUUUGAUCCAUUUGAAUCAAUUUUUAAUCGAGGCGGUUUUCAGUUUCAAUUUAAUUUUAAUCAAGGUUCUGUUUAUCAUAAGUAUACCAUCACUGGAAGAGCCUAUGAAAACACUAUUAUUCCAGGAAGUAGUACACAACCAUAUCUUGUAAUGUUUUAUGGUGAUGUGUGUUUUCCAUGCAUCAGUGCUGAACCCAUUUGGCAAAAAAUUAUACUGGAAUUAGAACCAAUAGGGAUGGGUUUUGCUGCUAUUCAUGUACAACAUGAAGCUGACCUUGCACGGCGUAUUGGAGUGAGUUCUGUACCAUAUAUAGUUGGUGUUAUGGAUGGUAGAACCUUUCAUUAUAAACAAGAACAGCUAAGUUUAUUAAGAAUUAUUGAAUUUAGUCGUAGAUUAUUUUCCUCAAAACUGGUUAUCCCUGUUGAUAAAACAUCUGUUGAUAACUUUUUGGGUGGAUGGUCAGAUAAUAGAGUUCGUGUUCUUCUAUUCACUAAAACUGAACCAGUUCGUCUAAGAUAUUUACUGGUUGCAUUCAAAUUUCAGUUCAGAGCAGCUUUUGCAUAUGUUAAUGUAGAAAAUCCUAAUAUGAAUACUUUACUGCAGAGAUUUGGUGUUAGUCCACAAAUGGAAACAUUACUGAUAUUUAAUGAAAAUUCUGCAUCUCCUAUAGCUACUCUUAGUAUGACAGAACUAGCACCUCAAACUAUGAGAGAUGUAAUUGAAGCAAAUAAAUAUUUGAUAUUACCUCGACUGUCUUCACAAGAACUGUUUGAUCAGUUGUGUCCUCCUGAUGGUACUCGUACUCGUAAACGUUUAUGUGUUAUUUUGAUAACACAUAAUACACAGAAUCACGAUCCUCAUCGUUCUGUUAUGCGUGAUUUUAUUGUGAGUGAAGAUUUUCCCAAUGAUAGGAUAAGAUUUAUGUUUCUAUAUGAAGAAAAGCAAUCUGAAUUUGUAAAAGCAUUAUCAAGUGGAGAUGGUGCACCUUCUGAUCCACUGCUACAUGUUGUAUUGCUUUGGAGACGAGAACAAGAUCGUGUAUAUUAUCAGUGGCUUAAUACAGCUUGGGAAGUGGAAGAAAAGAAGAUUAACUCUUCAAAACAAGAACUGGAAAACGUUUUAACUAAAUUACUUCAAACCACUGAUGCACUUCCUUACAAUGUAAAAGUUGCAUUAUUAAUGGAUGAACAUGCAAAAGGACUUUUUACAAGAAUUGUAAAUCGUUUAGUGUUGAUGGGUGAUGUUCUUCAAGAAAAUAUUUCUCGUCAACAGAUUUUGCCUGCUGUAUCUGUUGUACUAUCAGUUGGAUUUAUUGUUUUGGUUGGAUAUAUAAUGUCUUAUUUAGUUCAUUUGGAAGAAAAAAAUAUUCAAGAAAAAUAUAGGCAAGAAGGUAAAGUACCACCUGGAGUGCCUAAUAAACCAAAACAAGAAUAUAAGUUAAACAUACAUGAAUUACGUGGAGAAACCUACAAUGGAUUGAUAAGAUUGCUGAAGCCUGGUUGUCGAAGUAUUGUGCUGCUGGUUGAUAAAGAAUCUAAGACAAAAUUACUUAAUAAAUUCUAUCGCAUUGUGUAUCCUUAUCGCAAGAAUAAAACAUUGAUGUUUGCUUUUCUAAUGGUCGAAAAAAAUUUGGAGUGGUAUCGACGUUUACUACUUCAGACGCUGGGAGAACCUAGAGAACUUAACAUCAAUCCAAAAAAUUGCAUUGGGACUGUUUUGUCCUUGAAUGGACAUAGAAAAUAUUUCUGUGUUUAUCAUGCAAAACAUUCAGAAAUGAAACACUGUAAAUUGAGGAAUAGAAAACAUAAAAAUGGGGGCGAAUUUAUUGGAUUUGAAGAAAGUGGAAGUGAAACAGAAAAUAGUGAUGUGGAAGCAGGAAAUUUAGUUAGGGAUCAAGAAGAUAAUGAAACUUAUAGCAACAUACUUUUUGAAGAAUAUUUGCUGGAUGGUUUACCCAAUUGGCUUGACAGAUUAUUUGAAGGCUCAACCCAACGUUAUUAUAUUCAAUAUUGGCCUGAAAAUAUGAAAUGAAUAUUUAAAUUUUUUCUGUACUUUACAUUAUCUAUAUUUUAUCAUCUUAAGACAUCUCAUAUAUAUCUAGUCACAAAGUAAAAAUGGAAAAAAUUUUAAAUCCCUAGGACAAUUUGUGAUUGUUUGGACCAGAAUCUUAUUUAAAGGACAGUUGUAAAGAUUGAAUUGUUUUGCUCCUGUUAUUUUUUCCACAAUAACUUAUCAAUUAUGAAAUUAUUAUCAUGUGUAUAAAAUAGUUUGUUUUAAGAAUUCAAACAAAGAAA